AAGCCAUUGGGGGAGGCCAGUCCGGAUCAGUCCCUUCUGCCUCCAGCUCCUGAUCGUGCGCGGAGCAACAGCUGCGGUCGCAGGCUCCGCCACCGCCUCCGCCGUCGUCGGGGGAGGGGCCGGCCGGACCCCGGGGUCACAGCAGAGGAAUGAGGAGAGGCGGCCUGGCCCCGCGCUCUGCCCCGGCCUAGGGCCUUGCCCCGGGAGCCGAGAGGGUGGAGGCCUGAAUUUUGAUCGAUGUCCUCCUUACAUCCUCUGCCUAAAGGUACUUAAUGAUCUCAUGACCCUGGACAUGGAUGCUGUCCUGUCGGACUUUGUUCGUUCCACAGGAGCUGAGCCAGGGCUGGCCCGAGACCUCCUAGAAGGAAAGAAUUGGGAUGUGAGUGCCGCCCUCAGUGAUUUUGAACAGCUACGUCAGGUCCAUGCUGGGAACCUGCCCCAACCCUUUAGUGAAGGCAGCAGUGCCUCCAGGAGCCCUGAAAAGGGCUUUUCUGAUAGAGAGUCUGCUCGCCCUCCCCGACCUCCCCUCCAGCGGCAGGAUGACGUCGUUCAAGAAAAACGCCUGUCUAGGGGCAUCUCCCACGCCAGCUCCAGCAUUGUUUCCCUGGCCCGGUCCCAUGUCUCCUCCAAUGGUGGGGGUGGGGGGAGCAGUGAGCACCCCCUGGAAAUGCCCAUCUGUGCCUUCCAGCUUCCAGAUCUCACUGUGUACAAUGAAGACUUCCGCAGCUUCAUAGAGAGAGACCUCAUUGAACAGUCCAUGCUGGUUGCCUUGGAACAGGCAGGGCGUUUGAACUGGUGGGUGAGUGUGGACCCCACUUGUCAGAGGCUGCUUCCCUUAGCAACUACUGGAGAUGGAAACUGCCUUCUGCACGCAGCCUCUCUCGGGAUGUGGGGUUUCCACGAUCGGGAUUUGAUGCUGCGGAAAGCUUUGUAUGCACUGAUGGAAAAGGGAGCCGAGAAGGAAGCGUUAAAACGACGCUGGAGGUGGCAGCAAACACAGCAGAACAAGGAGUCAGGGCUGGUAUACACAGAGGAUGAAUGGCAGAAGGAAUGGAAUGAGCUGAUCAAGCUUGCCUCAAGUGAGCCCCGCAUGCAUCUAGGUACCAAUGGAGCCAACUGUGGUGGAGCGGAGAGUUCAGAGGAGCCCGUGUAUGAGAGUCUGGAGGAAUUCCACGUCUUUGUCCUUGCUCAUGUGCUCAGGAGGCCCAUAGUCGUCGUGGCAGACACCAUGCUGCGGGACUCCGGGGGAGAAGCGUUUGCUCCUAUUCCCUUCGGGGGGAUCUAUCUGCCCUUGGAGGUCCCAGCUGGCCAGUGUCACCGCUCCCCUCUGGUGCUCGCCUACGAUCAGGCCCACUUCUCUGCGCUCGUGUCCAUGGAGCAGAAGGAGAAUGGCAAGGAACAAGCUGUGAUCCCACUCACAGAUUCAGAGCAUAAACUGCUGCCCUUGCACUUUGCUGUGGACCCUGGAAAGAGCUGGGAGUGGGGCAAAGAUGACAGUGACAAUGUCCGAUUGGCCAGUGUGAUCCUGUCCCUAGAGGUCAAAUUGCAUCUGUUGCAUAGCUACAUGAGUGUGAAGUGGAUCCCAGUGUCGUCGGACACACAGGCUCCUCUGGCCCAGCCCGAGUCCCCUACAGCCUCCGCUGGAGAUGAGCCCCGGUCCACUCCCGAGUCUGGGGAGUCAGACAAGGAGUCAGUUGGCAGCAGUUCUGCCAGCAACGAGGGCAGCAAGCGGAAAGAGAAGUCAAAACGGGAUCGGGAGAAAGACAAGAAGAGGGCCGAUUCGGUGGCUAAUAAAUUGGGCAGCUUUGGCAAAACCUUGGGCAGUAAGCUCAAGAAGAACAUGGGAGGCCUGAUGCACAGCAAGGGCUCCAAGCCUGGAGGGAUGGGGACAGGGUCAGGGGUGAGCAGUGGCACUGAGACACUGGAGAAGAAGAAGAAGAAUUCGCUGAAGAGCUGGAAGGGUGGCAAAGAGGAGGCCGCGGGGGAUGUGCCCGUGUCUGAGAAGCCCGCCUCUGAGUCCGUGGGUAACGGAGGAAGCAAGUAUAGCCAGGAGGUGAUGCAGAGCCUGAGCAUCAUGAGGACUGCAAUGCAAGGGGAGGGGAAGUUCAUUUUCGUUGGAACCCUGAAGAUGGGUCACCGUCACCAGUAUCAGGAGGAGAUGAUCCAGCGCUACCUUUCCGAUGCCGAGGAGAGAUUCCUGGCAGAGCAGAAACAGAAGGAGGCGGAGAGGAAGAUCAUGAAUGGAGGGGUGGGGAGUGGGCCUCCUCCAGCCAAAAAACCAGAGCCAGAUGGUGGGGAGGAGCUGCUGACUGCCCCCCAAACAGAGUCCAAGGCGAUGGCAUUCUCUGCUGGCUACCCUGGGGGCUAUACAAUUCCUCGGCCUUCUGGGGGUGGAGUUCACUGCCAGGAACCCCGGAGGCAGUUGGCAGGGGGUCCGUGUGGAGGGGGCCUUCCCCCGUAUGCCACCUUCCCUAGACAGUGCCCUCCUGGGCGACCCUACCCCCAUCAGGACAGCAGCCUUUCUCUGGAGCCAGGCAGUCACUCCAAGGAUGGAGUUCACAGGGGUGCAUUGUUACCACCCCACUUCCGCGUGGCUGAUUCCUAUAGCAACGGCUUCCGAGAGCCCCCUGAGCCAGAUGGAUGGGCUGGAGGGCCCAGGGGGCUUCCCCCAACCCAGACCAAAUGCAAACAACCGAACUGCAGCUUCUAUGGACACCCCGAGACAAACAACUUCUGCUCCUGCUGUUAUAGGGAAGAACUGAGGAGGAGGGAACGGGAACCCGGUGGGGAACUGCUGGUACACAGGUUCUGAGUUGGGGGACCUUGGAGGGCAGGGGGCUAAACAAAGAAAGUUAAGCUCAACUAAUUGGCUCAUCAAGACCCAGCCCCCAUGUUGCUGGGGCAACUGCAGUGAAGUUUGUGGGAGCCUGGCUGGAAACCUGAGUGUGUGUGCGCUGGAGGGCCGCCAGGCUGCCGCGCCGCCGGGCCGGCACUUCCAGGGCUGGGCGGGUCUCUUGCAGACCUUGGUAGGACUGAGGAGGUAUAAGGGGAAAAGAUGGUGAUGCUGUCUCAUAACCCCUUGGGUCCAUCCCAGGACCUGAGGGAAAGCAGUAGGGGCAGGUGUGGGGUGGGGAGGUAGCAUAUGUCUGGGGAAGGAACAGGCAAAGGUGGUUCUCAGUCAAUAAAGGAAAAAAACAGACCAAAGUUCUUUCAGGUUGGAAAAGAGCACAUGGUGGUGGAGUUGGGGUGUGGAGAGAAGCUGGGAAAUUAGACACAUUUGCUAUCGAUUUGAAUUGAGUUAGAGAUUAGGGUUGGAUAUUCUCCUGAAUGAUCUGGAGAGACAAGGCAGUAAUGUGUGCUUACGGGUGCCUGUUAGGAGGGAGGAGGUAGCUUAAAUUGGUUUAUUGCGAUGGGAAAGGGAAGAACUUAGAAGGGGGAUCCUUUUCCUCUUAAGUUGUAUUUCCUUCUAAAUACCAUCUGUCAUCUGUUCCAGUUUGAGAGGAGAAUGCUGAUUGCCCCCGAUCUUUUUUUCCCUCACCCUUUUUGAGGGCUGAGCUCAGCUAAGAAGGUUGUGAUUUUUUUUUAAAAAGACUUUCAUUUUAUUUAAAAAAAAAAAAAAAAAAAGAAAAAGUUCCCUCUGGGGAAGGGAGGAGAGUGAUGAGAAGAGCAGCUGUGUGUGUUGAAUUUUCUCCAGGUGAGGCUGGGUGGAGGUGGCCUUUUUUAACUAAGCAAUGACCGGGUCCUGGAGCGCGAGGCGCCUUGGGAGGGGCGGGAGGAGGACAGACCUCAGGCCAGACUGUUUUGAACCAAACCAAAAACCUAAAUAGAGCACUACCAUCCUCUGCUGCUGCAUUUCUGUAGAAAGCAACUUAUUUUUUGACUUUUUUAAAAGGAAAAUGUAAAAAGACCCCAGCAAGCAAAAACAUUUUUAAAAAUAAUUUUUUUCCUAUUUAAGUGAUUCUUUCUCCUCCCUCUCUACUUUUAGAGAAUGAACUUAACAUCCUGGCUUCUUUUGUUAAGCCAUAGCUGACCUUAAUCUGUGGUUAGUUUAUUAAAAUAAUAAUAAAUACUUUGUAAGAAGAGAUAUUUUUGAUAAUAGGACUGAUGUUGAAACAUGGGGUAGGGACUGGGGUGAUUUAUAAAAAGGUAGUUAGAGAAACCUAUUUUAGUGAACUACAACCACAGAUCACAGAUGACUCCCAAUGAGCAGAUCUGCCUUGGAUUUCCCCCUUCCCCUGACCCAGCCCUCCCCCCCCCCCCCCCCGUGGGGUGGGAGGGGCCUGUGGGCGAAGUGGGGGGAAGCUCCUUUGCAUUUUGCACAAAGCACAAGUCUGGACAGCCUAUGCUCUGGCCAGCACCAUUUUUAAGAGCUUUAAACCAGAGGACCUAUCCUGGGCCAAUUUUCCUUCCUUUUCUUUUUCCCCCCUGGGGGAAAAAAACCCCACCAACUAUGCAAUUUGUAUACACUCCUGGGUACAUACACAGAAGGGGAGUAAGUGUACUUAAGUGUCCAGGUGUUAACCAGGGCUAUUUUUCUGUACUUAAAGGUAUGUACUUAUAACCCAGCCCGUGGAAUGUAAUCCCUACACGUGAUCUAAGGCAGACACGGGCUGCGGGGGUGUGGCGGGGGGAUGUGUGUUCGCCAUAUGUUGCUUCUGCCCAAUCAGGAAAGUUGUCACCCUGUUCCCCCCUUGGUAACAAAGCCACCAAGACUCCUUUUAAUUGGAACUGCUCACAUUUUAGAAAGGUUCCUUCCUCCUCAACAAACUUGGAACUCACUUAUUUUCCAAAUCUCGUAGUCUGUUGGUUGAAUCAUUUCCCAUGGCUGUGAGUUCUUAAGCUUUUCUUUGAAAGAAGGAUGGUUUUAAGGAAGCAAUGAGGUCAAAGGAGUGAGGCCCCGAAGGGGGGCAUGUGUGACAUGUUCUGGGCAGGGCGGGGACUGGUAUGAGACCACUCCUCCCAGGUACGAAGCUGACGAGGUACGCCAAAAACUGGGUCAUCAAAAUGAUGUUUUAAUGCAGUAUUUUUUUAAAUUAAUGCAAAAAAUCCAUAAUGAACAGUAUCAGAAUCUUAAAGACAGGAGGUCACAGGACUAGGAUUAGGGGGAGGCAGGUAAGGCUGAGACAAGCAUGGGAUGGAAUUCUGUAUUUCAAAUUGUGAUCCUUUGUUCAUUGUGGUUGUUUUUUUUUAACAGUUUAGAUUUUCAAAAAAUACUGCAUUAAAGUAGUAUCUUGGUUACUGGGUUUGGGGCAGCAUUUACAUUUUAUGCCCCAAACGAGUGCCUUUCUCACCUAGCCCUGUUUGUGGGGUUAGAACAACCCCUAGUGAGGCUACCACCUUGUGGGCUCCCCCCCCCCCCCCAAUUCGCACCCACAGGGCAGGUGCUCGAACUCUCACCUCGAAUAUGCACAGCCCACCUGGCUUUCUCACAGGCGUCCACUUCUGUCAGGCUCGGGCCUGGAUCAGUGGGCGCCAGACCAGGCCGGGGCUUCCCCAGAGAGUGAAAGGGGAAAGAGUGAAUUCUCCACUGGACUGCUGUGCUUGGGUUUGUUCUGUUACUAGUUCUAGGUUAUACUUUUGUUUAAAAAAAAACUGAGGACAAAUGAACAAAAACAGAAACCUUG